CCGAGCUGCUAAACAACAAACACAGAUAUUAAAUAAGCGGUUGAAUGAAAGAGAGGAGCGGGGUUUGGGUUAGAGAGAGCAGAGCAGGAGCUGGAGCUGAGCCCGGAGCAGCUGGUGUUUAAAGGCGAGGUUAAAGUUAGCGAGCUCCGCGGGCCGGGAGGGGCCGAGCCGCUGCAGCCGGGAGAGGAGCGCUGUCAGGCGGCCACAGCCAGCAGGAGAGACCGCGGUCUGAGCCGGGCCUCCUGGAGCUCUGGAGUGGGGCAGUGCGGGCGGCCGUGCGUUGUGUGAGAAUCAUCUAUCCUGCAUGGACUCGUCGCCAUGAGCAACAAGGAGAUGGUUUCCACGGAGACAGAGAAUAAAGGACAGAGGAAAGUGUUUCUUCCUAACAAGCUGCUGGAGUGUCUCCCUCGCUCGUCCAGUCUGCCUAACGAGCGGCUCAGGUGGAAUACUAACGAGGAGAUCGCCUCGUACCUGAUUUCAUUUGACAGACAUGAUGAGUGGCUCUCCUGCUCCCUGAAAACCAGGCCGAAGAACGGCAGCAUCAUCCUCUACAACAGGAAGAAGGUGAAGUACAGGAAGGACGGAUACUGCUGGAAGAAACGGAAGGAUGGGAAAACGACGAGAGAGGACCACAUGAAGCUGAAGGUCCAGGGCAUGGAGUGCCUGUACGGUUGCUACGUUCAUUCCUCCAUUGUGCCAACAUUCCACAGACGAUGUUACUGGCUGCUGCAGAACCCAGACAUCGUGCUGGUCCACUACCUGAAUGUGCCGUCCCUGGAGGAUUCUGGGAAAUGCAGUCAGCUGCUGUGUGCGGUGUCGGACCGUCACGACAGCGUGAGGUGGAGCCGAGACGACCUGCUGAGCCAGCUGAAGCCCAUGUUCCACAGUAUGAAGUGCUCUCUGGGUUCGGGUGAUUUCAGCAUAGAGGAACUGGUUCAGCACAUUCUGGACCGUCAGAGAACCAAACCGCAGCCGCGCACACACACCUGCCUCUGCAACACCGCCCAGGUAUCUUCAGGAGUGAACAUUCCUCACCGCUGUAACAGCACCAAGCAUCGCAUCAUCUCCCCCAAACUGCCCCCCUCCUCCUGCAGACCCUCCCCCUCCCCGCUCUCCUCGGAGGUGGGGGGGGAGGCCGGGAGAGGAGGUGGGGGUGGAGGAGGAGGAGGAGGAGGAGGAGGAGAUGCCAAACUGCCCCACCUACAGGCUCAGAGCAGCCCCGUGUCCUCUCCCUGCCCCCCCUCCUCCUCGGCCUCAUCCCCGCCGCAGCCCCACAGAGCCACCAUCACCAUGGGCAACCACGGCAACGGUUUCUACGGCGACCACCGCAGCAACCUGACGACGGUGGCGCUGCCCCAGAACGCGGUGAUCGUCAUGGCGACGACCACGGCCAUCUCUGGGGGAGGAGGGGGGGGAGGAGGAGGAGGAGGAGGAGGAAGCACUCACUCCGGCCAAUUAUUGCUCUCCCCCUCCCUCCCCCCUCCCACUUCUGCUGCCCCCGCCUCCCCCUCCCCUCCCUGCUCCUCCCCCGCCCCCCCCUCUCACCCCCCUCCCGUCCAGGCCACCCUCUCGCUCACCCUCCUGCCCUCCCCCGUCAUCGGAGGCCUGCUCCUCACCCCCUCCUCCACCUCCUCCUCCCUACGCUCCCCCCCUGCUCCUCCUGCAGCUGCCUCCCCUCCCUCCUCCCCCUCACCUCCCCCGCCCACCCCGUCCCUCCCCCCGGCCUUUGACCCCGACUCCUUCCUUAACUCCCCCAAACAGGGCCAGACGUACGGCGGCCCCCCUCCCCCCUGCUCCUCCACCCCCUCCCCCGUCCUCUGCUCCUCCUCACCCCUCUCUCCCCCCUCCCUCGCUCUCUCCCUCUCCCCCACUUCUAUCCCUCCCUCCUCCGUCUCCCCUCCCUCCUCGCUCUCCUCCCUCUCGUCCUCCUCCUCUUCGUCCCCCCCCUCCUCCUCUCUCCCCCCCUCCCUCGCGCUGUCUCCCACCUCCUCCGUUGCGCCCCCCCUCCUCCCCCUCUGCCUGGAGCUGGGUGCUCUGGGGGACGCGGGGAGGGACGGGGGGGAGGCUGGGGGCGAUGAAGAGGAGGUGAAGGAGAGGAGGGGUGAUGAGGAUGAUGAUGAUGAUGAUGAUGAUAAUGAUGAAGGCAGCGGUCCUCCUACCAAGCUUGCUCUGCUGCAGCCGAGCCACGCCUCCUCCUGCUCGUCGCCUCGGCAACAGACAGGAAGUAGCGCUGCGUCGCUACUCCUGGUUUGUCAGGACUCGGCGCCGAGCCCGGCCUCUCCGUCGGCCAAUCAGACGCUGCGGCAGCCGGACGGGCAGCAGCCAUUGGUCCUGGAAAAGCCCUUUAAUCGCCUGUCGGGACCAGAAGCCCCGCCCCCCCCGCAGGUAUCCCAUCAGCCCCUGGGGCCGCCGCAGAGUCGGCCGCCGCUGUUCGCCGACACCAACGUGGCCGACACCCCGGCUGACAUCACCAUGGCGACGGCUCCCCCGGCGACGCCGUCGGUGCAGGUGAAGGAGGAGAGGGGGCGGGGCUACGAGUCGGAGGACGCGUCCAUGGAGACGCAGCAGGAGCCGGAGCCCUGCGAGCGGGGGGGCGGCGAGGAGCUCGACAUCUCCUUCGACAGCCAGUUCCCCGACCUCAUCUCUGACCUCAUCACCGAGGAGGCCAAUCCCGUCGCAGCGCCCGCGGCCCCCGCCGUGUUCCCCGCGGGGAUCCGGUACAUGGUUCCCCCCCAGCCCUCCCCCUCCUCCUCCUUCCUGCCCUUCCCCCACCCGAUGCCCUCCUCCUCCGGGCUCGCCGCCAUCACUGACUUCUCCCCAGAGUGGUCCUACCCCGAGGGCGGGGUGAAGGUAUUGAUCACAGGACCGUGGAGCGAGCUGUCGGGUCGAUACUCGUGUGUGUUUGAUCAAAGCUCCGUCCCCGCAUCACUGAUCCAGCCGGGAGUGCUGCGCUGCUACUGUCCAGCCCACGAGGCCGGUCUGGUGUGUCUUCAGGUUCUGGAGUCCGGCGGUUCUGUUUCGUCUUCGGUUCUGUUCGAGUACCGAGCGAGGAACGCCAGCUCACUGCCCAGCUCGCAGCUCGACUGGCUCUCAUUGGACGAUAAUCAGUUCAGGAUGUCCAUUCUGGAGCGUCUAGAGCAGAUGGAGCGCAGGAUGGCAGAGAUGGCCGCCCGGGACGUUAACCACCAGCAGCAGCAGCAACAUCAUCAUCAUCAGCAGCAGCAACAUCAUCAUCAUCAUCAUCAUCAUCAUCAUCAUCAGCAGCAGCACGGCAGCCAGCUGGCCACGCCUCCUCCUCCGACCCUACCUGAGGAGCAUGAACAGUCUUCGCAGUGGUUUGAGAGGAGGAUUGUGGGAGUGUGUGAGCGGAUGAUGAGAGGAGGCCGAUGGAGCGGAGGAGGAGGAGGAGGAGGAGAGAGGCUUCAUCACUCCGUCCGUCACCGUGGGAUGACGCUGCUGCACCUGGCUGCUGCUCAGGGAUACACACACCUGAUACACACUCUGAUCCACUGGAGGAGUGUGAACAGCGACAGCUUGGAUCUGGAACAGGAAGUUGAUCCUCUGAACGUCGACCACUUCUCCUGCACGCCGCUGAUGUGGGCGUGUGCGCUCGGCCACCAGAGGGCAGCAGAGCUCCUGUAUGGUUGGAACAGUUUGGCGUUGGGGAUCCCUGAUUCGCUGGGCCGCCUGCCGCUCGCCGUGGCUCGUUCCCGAGGACACACACGCCUCGCCACGGCGCUGGAGGAGCUGCACACACACACACACAUGACGCCCAGAGACACACACACACACACACCCAGAGACGCACACACACCUCCAGCUGACACACACACACCGGCCACACCGCAGCCACAGAUGCCCCUCUCUCCUCUGUCCACGAGCCCCGACACAGGUCUGAGCUCUUCCAGCAGCCUCCCCUCCCCCAGCGACCCCUCCUCCCCCUCCCCAAGCUCCGCCUACUCCAGUGGCCCCGCCCCCAUGGACACCUCCCCCUCCUCCCCUUCGUCUCCUUCCUCCUCCUCCUCUUCCUCUCUGCCCGUGUCCCCCCCCUCCCCCUCCUCCCUCCCCCUCUCCUCCCUCCCCCUCCUCUCCAUGUGGGGGGAGGAGCCUAACGUCGGCACCUCCAGAGACCCUCACCUGUACCUGAUGGACUACGAGAGCGCCUGCCCCCCCUCCCCCGGACACACACACGCCUUCCCUCACGCACACACGGGGCGGCGGCGGGCUCACGUAACCGCGGCAACGCUGGAGGAGCAGCUGCUGAGCUACAGCGAGAACGCCGAGAACGAAGGAGAGGAGGAGGAGUACCUGGAGGAGGAGGUGCUGCAGGUUGACAUGGCGACGCUGGCGGAGCAGAUCAUCGAGGCGACCCCUGAGCGAAUCAAACAGGAGGAUUUCCCCCGAGGGGCGGAGUCACCGCUCAGAGAGAGGCGGGACAACCCGGCCAUUCAGGACACCUGGUUGGCUACUUACCUGGACACGGUCGACGCCCACACACACUCCCCACCCAGGCGGGUGUGCCCCCCCUCCCCCCUCAGCGCUCUGGCCCUCCAGAGGCUCCGCCCCCCCUCCUCCGCAGCGUGGGCGGAGUUCCUGAACGCCUCGGCCAAUGGGAAGAUGGAGAGAGACUUCGCUCUGCUGACGCUGACGGACGGAGAACAACGAGAACUGUACGAAGCAGCUCGGAUCAUACAGAACGCCUUCAGGAGAUACAAGGGUCGGAGGUUAAAGGAGCAGCAGGACAUGGCUGCAGCUGUCAUACAGAGGUGUUACAGGAAGUACAAACAGUACGCCCUCUAUAAGAAGAUGACGCAGGCGGCCAUCUUGAUCCAGUCGAAGUUCCGUUCGUAUUACGAGCAGAAACGUUUCCAGCAGAGCCGCCGAGCCGCCGUGCUCAUCCAGCAGUACUACCGCAGCUACAAGGAGUACGAGAGGCUGAAGCAGGGGCCGCGGGGGGCCGCCGGACACAACCCCAAACUCAAGGGAUCGUUCUUAACGAAGAAACAGGACCAGGCAGCACGAAAGAUCAUGAGGUUUCUGAGACGCUGCAGACACAGGAUAAAGGAGCUGAAGCAGAGCCGAGAGCUGGAGAGGAGAGGACUGACCACUUAAACCCUUCAUCAUCAUCAUCUUCAUCAUCAUCACCAUCAUCACCAUCAUCAUCAUCAUCAUCAUCAUCACCAUCAUCAUCGUCGUCGUUUACUGAGGACAGAAACAGAGACUGAUGGAGAGAGACAGCGUGACGGAGGAAUGCCUUACCCAGCGCCUGCUCGUCUCUCCUCUGCAUCCUUCGGUUUUCAACCAAUGAACCAACCAACCAACCAACCAACCAACCAACCAAUCAACCAACCAAUCAACCAACCAAUCAACCAACCAA